UUGGGUAGACAGGCAAUGUUCUCCAUUGGCUUACAUACAACUGACAGAACGUGACGUACACAAAAUGCUCGACCAAUAGAAAUGCACGAGGAUUAUAUCGAUAUAAAGCCAUGGGGUACCAACCGUCUGAGAGUGAGUGCUUCAUGUACUUUGAUGCAUUCAGGUGAAGGCAGUGUACUCUGCAGGUGGGGCGUUCAAAAACAAAGCUGCGUCCAUUAAGCGAAAAACACUGGAAAGCCAUCCUCCAUUAUUGAAAAGACCUUACGUCAAUUCUGAACUAUGGAGCGCUCAAAACAGUGUCACGAUAAUGAAGCGGACAGUAAACCGACUACGAACGAAAGUUCUAUUAAUGGACACUUGGUAAAAAAAGACAACCAGAUCUUGGUAGGCCUAGCUCAAGGGACGGGGACGGCCGGUGAGUCGAGUUCGCACACAGGGUCCUCGGUGGUAGAGGGCUGGAAGCAUGAGCGCACCCGAAGUAUGGAAGACAACGAGAUCAACUUGCCUUGUCUUGCGGCUGCCUACACCACUAUUCUCCGGGGGCUCGGGGAGGACCCGCAAAGACAGGGACUUCUAAAAACUCCGUGGAGAGCCGCGACUGCCAUGCAGUUCUUCACCAAGGGCUACCAGGAGAAAAUCAUAGACGUGCUGAAUGACGCAAUCUUUGACGAGGACCACGACGAGAUGGUGAUCGUAAAGGACAUUGACAUGUUCUCCAUGUGCGAGCACCACCUGGUGCCCAUCUUUGGAAGGGUCCAUAUAGGCUACCUCCCCAAUAAGAGGGUGCUGGGUCUCAGCAAGCUGGCCAGGAUUGUUGAAAUCUACAGCCGUCGACUGCAAGUUCAAGAGCGGUUGACCAAACAAAUUGCUGUGGCGAUCACUGAAGCUCUGCAGCCUGCCGGGGUGGGCGUCGUCAUUGAGGCAACUCACAUGUGCAUGGUGAUGAGGGGGGUGCAGAAGAUGAACAGCAAGACUGUGACCAGCACCAUGCUGGGGGUGUUCCGGGAGGACCCCAAGACACGGGACGAGUUCCUCACCCUCAUCAGGAGCUGAGAGGGACAACCAGCCCACAAACCUGCUGCACAGCCCAACUCGGAUCCACUCUCCCUGUCACCUGGUUGGAGCAGCAGCCGGCACACAGCAAUUUCUGUACAAAGCCUAGAGUCCGGGCUUGGUAGGUGUGUGUGUGUGUGUGUGUUUUAUUCCUCCUUUAUUCCUCCUUCCAAAUCAUCAUAUGGUCAUGUAUGUAUUACUUAAUGCUGUCUGCAAGGUGGCAGGCUUAACCUAAAAAACACUAAUCAUUGAGCCAGUGUUUUUAUGGUUGCUUAAUUUUGUCCUUUAUUUUUUAUUUACUUUUAAUAAGAUUGAACUACCAAUUACAGUAAAGAUACUUACACCUACAUAGGAACAUCCUAAUAUUAAAAACAAUUUAUCAAUAUUGUUUUUAAAUUUUAUUCUGAUAUAUUUUUGCAAUAUAUUUUUAUCCAUGUAAGCUAGGACCAUAGGGUUUUAUUCCAAAAAGCAUUAUAGAUUCCGCUAUAUAAAUUAAGGUAAUUUUGCGUUUGAGCCGACGUACACUGAGUGUAAAAAACAACUUUAAGAACUGCUUUUUCCACGACAGACUGACCCGGUGAAUCCAGUUAAGAUAUGAUCCCUUAUCGAUGUCACUUGUUAAAUCUACUUCAAUCAGUGUAGAUGAAGGGAAGAAGACAAUAAAUAAUUAUUUUUAAGCCUCGAGACAAUUGAGAAUGUGUGCCAUUCAGACAUUGAAUGGGCAAGACAAGAUUUAAGUGCCUUUGAACAGGGUAUGGCAGUAGGUGCCAGGCACACCGGUUUUGUUGUGUCAAGAACGGCAACGCUGCUGGGCUUUUCACGCUUGACAGUUCUAAGAAUGGUCCACCUGAAACCCCACUUCUUUAAGGAAUACCUAGGAUAGGAUAAAGAAAUCCUUCUCACCCCCCCCCCCUUAAAAGAUUUAGAUGCACUAUUGUAAAGUGGCUGUUCCACUGGAUGUCAUAAGGUGAAUGCACCAAUUUGUA